UUUUGAUGGAAUAGCCUCGCACAUAUCACUGUGCCAAGAUGGUGGCUUGAUCACUGAGCGCUUACCACACUGCCCCAUGAUACCACCGCAGAGACGGAAAGCUGGAUCCGAGAUUCCCAUAAUUCACUCGAGGAUUAUGGGGUGAUAUCUACCCAUCAAGACCUUCUUUCCAGUCGCCCUCUCGUCCUCACAGCAGUAUGCACUCGCUGCCGUAUCCGCUUGUGCCCCUCAUUUCUGCGUCACUGGGCGUAUCGACUCUUACUCUAAUCUUCGUCUUGGUCGCUCUCAUAAACGCGGGCGUUAAUCCCAUUCUUUGGAUCUUCCCGGCUUCAUAUGCCCUCACCGUUCCUUACUAUGCCAUCAUGCUUAUAACAGCAUACUUUGAGUUCCGCGGCUCAUCACGGCUCCUUUCAAUAUACAGCAUCGUCUCUGCCUUUGUCUGUGCCUUGCUGUGGACAUCAUGCAGCGUCUGUCUCUUGACCAUAACUAUCAUGGAGGGAAAGGAAGAUACUGAAGUUGGCGGGCUGCGGAAAGAUACAUGGCUUUUAAUUGUCCCUUGCGUUUCUUGCCCAGUUCCAGCAUCACUUAUGUGGAUAAUUGCGGAAGUCAUGCGAAGGGAGAGAAAAAAGAUUUUAUAUGCACUGAAGUGGCGGCCAGUUGCUCCCCAGUCUUCGCAGACAUGGAGUGUAUCCUUGUCUAGCGUCAACAGGAUUUGACGCACUCGGGUUUUUUGUAACACUCAAUAUCAACAAUGGAUAGUUCAUGUACUCUGUUACUUGUUCCAAUGUUAACAAGUUGUAGUAUAUACUGGGUCGAUUUUUGG